CACUGCACACUAUCCUUCACUCUUUUCACCGCGACAAUCGCCCUCUUUCGCGGAAUACUCCUCCCCACAUUGUCAAGUUACGUCUAACCAUGGACUCACUUAUAGCGGAAGUCGAAUCUCUCGCCCCUCGCUUCGCGAAUGGCGAUGUCGGCUCCUUAGACCCACUCGCCGAAGCGCUCUCGAAUCUCCUCGCCCGAUCGCGCGACCGCGAUUGGCUUACGGAAGAAACCUUUUCUUCCACGGGCAGUUCUCCGGGCAGAAGCAACGGCAGCGCUGGAGUCGCGGGCAGCGGAAUUGCUGUCACGCGAUUGGUCGGCGUCCUGCCCGAGCUUUCCCAGCACUGCCCGGAGCUCCGCGGCCUCCUGCACCCCGCAGAUGUCGCCGAUGCUGACGUGGCGCAACCUUCCACUCCCGCAACUGGCGCCGCAUCUGGCGCCACGAGUGGCGCCGCAAAUGAUGGUCCCGAGAGGCAAUCUGCGGGUGCUCCCAGCAGUAGUAGCAUCUGGGCGGUACAUGCGCUUCGGCCGCUGCUGCAGGCGCUGCGUGUGGUUCGGAACCUGCUGGCAGGCUCGGCAGCCAAUCAGGACGCGUUCCUGAGGUGCGGCGCCGUGGACAUAGUGGCUACUAUCGCGGACAGAUUAAUUACGAGCCGCGUCCUGCAGGCAGGGGCGGGAACGGGCGCAAGCCAGGCGCAGAAAACGGGGGAAGCUAGUAGCGGGGAUGAUGGGGGAGAGGCAAGGGGAGGGGGGAGAAUGGGGGGGGAAGCUAAAGGGGGGGGGAAUGUGAUUAAGGGUGAUGUGACUAAGGUGAAGGGGAUGGGAAGUGUAUCCUCGUUAUCAGAUGCUUUGGCCUCGUUAAUGGCUGAAGUGGGGGGUACAGCAGCCGAGAGAAGCACGGAUUUAGAGGGGACCAGGGCCGCAUCAGCAGCAGCCACAGCCACGUCAGCAGUGGCUGGAGCACCAGGUGCUGACGUGGCUUCAGCAGCAGCAGCAGCAGCAGCAGCAGGGAGCCUAAGCAGCAACCGGCACUUCAAUUCUAUCAGCCGAAGCACACAUCCCUCCCUUGCUCUCCCCCUCCCCCACCCCCCACACUCCAACCUCCCCCCUCUCCCUCUACCUUCCCCCAUCGCCCCCUCCCCCUCCCCCACUCCCCUUCCCCUCUAUCCGCCUUCCCUCUCUCCGCCUCCCCCGCCCCCUCCCCCGCCCCCUUUCCCCCCACCCUGCCUUUCCCCCGCUCCGUCCCCCUCCCCCCCAACCACCUAGACACGCUCAACGCGGUGCUGCAGCUUCUGGGAAACUUCUGCGGCGGGGGCAGGCGGCAGCAGCUGGCGGUGUGGGACAGGUGCUUUCCUGGAACCUUCGCCCGCCUGGCUGCUGUAGAGGGGGCAGCAGGGGAAAGGGGAAAGUGGAGGGGGAGGGGGGGAGCAGGGGACGGGGAAAAGAAGGAGGAGGGUGGGGAGGAGUUGGGAGAGUGGGAGGAGUGGGAGGAGAGGGAGGAGGAAUGGACUUGGCUCGCUCCCAAUCCGCAUGAUCACGCCUCCCCCGCCACAUCUGUCGAUCCAUGGCUCAGUCUCCUGGUUGAGAGACUGUGCCUUCGAGGAAGCUUCUUCAAACCGCUUUUUGACAGGUUGG